CCGCUCGACCAGCCUGGCAGGGGCUUUUAAAAUCGGCCAAUCACAGCGGGCGCCAGGCCUCCGCUAUCCGCUUACUGGUCCUGCCGUAGGAGGCGGGUACGUGAGCGCACCAAUCUGUGGCCGGCGAGCGUACAGGGCGGGGCUCCGCCCAGGCUGCACAGCCCUGAGCGCGCGUGCGCGAGACCGGGAACGCAGCCCCCUGAUUGGCGGCGCGCGUCGGGGGAGGGGCCGCGGCUGCGUGACAGUUGUCGCGGGGGAGGGCGAGCCCAAGCGCGGGGGAGGGAGUGUAAAUAGAGCGAAGGCUGCUCUGUGUCAGCCCCGUCACCGCCGGGCGGCCCGCGCGGAGUCUGAGGGAGAUGGAAGUUGAGCAAGAGCAGCGGCGCAGAAAGGUGGAGGCCGGGAGGACGAAGCUUGCUCACUUCCGACAGAGAAAAACAAAAGGUGACAGUUCGCAUUCGGAGAAAAAGACGGCGAAGAGGAAGGGCUCGGCUGUCAAUGCGUCUGUCCAGGAGGAGAGUCCGGUAACCAAGGAGGACAGCGCACUCUGUGGAGGAGGGGACAUUUGCAAAAGCACAUCAUGUGACGACACCCCUGAUGGGGCAGGAGGGGCCUUUGCCGCUCAGCCGGAGGACUGUGAUGGAGAGAAGAGAGAGGACUUGGAACAGCUGCAGCAGAAGCAAGUCAAUGACCAUCCUCCAGAGCAGUGUGGGAUGUUCACAGUCAGUGACCACCAACCGGAACAGCGUGGGAUGUUCACAAUCAGUGACCACCCAGGAGAACAGCGUGGGAUGUUCACAAAGGAGUGUGAACAAGAAUGUGAACUUGCCAUUACUGACCUGGAGAGUGGCCGUGAAGAUGAGGCUGGCCUGCAGCAGAGUCAGGCCGUGCAUGGCCUUGAACUGGAGGCGCUGCGCCUGAGUCUGAGCAACAUGCACACGGCGCAGCUGGAGCUGACACAGGCCAACCUCCAGAAGGAGAAGGAGACGGCAUUGACGGAGCUGCGGGAGAUGCUCAACAGCCGGCGUGCCCAGGAGCUGGCCCUGCUACAGAGCAGGCAGCAGCACGAGCUGGAGCUCCUCAGGGAGCAGCACGCACGGGAGAAGGAGGAGGUGGUGCUCAGGUGUGGACAGGAAGCAGCUGAGCUGAAGGAGAAGUUACAAUCAGAAAUGGAGAAAAACGCCCAGAUAGUAAAGACCCUGAAGGAAGAUUGGGAAUCUGAAAAAGAUUUAUGUUUAGAAAAUCUACGCAAAGAAUUGUCUGCAAAGCAUCAAUCAGAAAUGGAGGAUUUACAAAACCAGUUUCAGAAAGAAUUGGCAGAACAGAGAGCUGAGUUGGAGAAGAUUUUUCAAGACAAAAACCAGGCUGAACGGGCCCUUAGGAACCUGGAGAGUCAUCAUCAAGCAGCCAUUGAGAAGUUACGUGAAGACCUGCAGUCCGAGCACGGCCGGUGUUUAGAAGACUUGGAGUUUAAGUUCAAAGAGAGCGAGAAAGAAAAACAGCUGGAGUUAGAGAAUCUUCAAGCAUCGUAUGAAGACCUGAAGGCGCAAUCACAAGAAGAGAUCAGGCGCUUGUGGUCCCAGCUUGAUUCUGCCAGGACCAGUAGACAGGAAUUGAGUGAGCUACAUGAGCAACUCCUGGCGCGCGCCUCUCGUGUGGAAGAUUUAGAACAGCUGAAGCAGCGAGAAAAAACCCAGCAUGAGUCCGAACUGGAGCAACUGAGGAUUUAUUUUGAAAAGAAGUUAAGGGAUGCUGAGAAAACUUACCAAGAAGACCUAACCCUGUUACAGCAGAGGCUGCAGGGGGCGAGGGAAGAUGCUCUUCUGGACUCUGUGGAAGUUGGGUUGUCCUGUGUGGGUUUAGAAGAGAAACCUGAGAAAGGAAGAAAAGAUCACGUUGAUGAACUCGAGCCUGAGCGACAUAAGGAGAGCCUGCCACGCUUCCAGGCGGAGUUAGAAGAAAGCCACAGGCACCAGCUGGAAGCGCUGGAGUCUCCCCUCUGCAUCCAGCACGAGGGGCAUGUCUCAGACAGAUGCUGCGUAGAGACUUCAGCAUUGGGACACGAGUGGCGUCUGGAGCCCUCUGAAGGGCACAGCCAAGAGCUUCCCUGGGUGCAUCUCCAGGGUGUGCAGGACGGGGACUUGGAGGCCGACACAGAGGGGGCAGCCAGAGUCUUGGGUCUGGAAACUGAGCACAAGGUGCAACUUUCGCUUCUUCAGACUGAGCUCAAGGAAGAAAUUGAACUCCUAAAAAUAGAAAAUAGAAAUUUGUAUGAGAAGUUGCAGCAUGAAACUCAUCUGAAGGACGAUUUGGAGAAGGUAAAACACAAUCUAAUUGAAGACCACCAGAAGGAACUAAAUAAUGCUAAGCAAAAGACUGAGCUGAUGAAACAGGAAUUCCAAAGAAAAGAAACGGACUGGAAAGUUUUGAAGGAGGAGCUACAGCGGGAAGCUGAGGAGAAGUUAACGUCGAUGCUACUUGAACUGAGAGAAAAGGCUGAAUCCGAGAAACAGACCAUCAUAAACAAGUUUGAGCUUCGAGAAGCUGAAAUGAGGCAGCUUCAGGACCAACAGGCAGCCCAGAUCCUGGAUCUGGAGAGGUCCUUGACGGAGCAGCAGGGCCGCCUGCAGCAGCUGGAACAGGACCUCACUUCAGACGACGCCCUGCAUUGCAGCCAGUGUGGGCGGGAGCCGCCCACAGCCCAGGACGGGGAGCUUGCCGCGCUCCACGUGAAGGAAGACUGCGCCCUGCAGCUGAUGCUGGCCCGGAGCAGGUUUUUAGAGGAACGUAAAGAGAUCACCGAGAAAUUCAGUGCGGAACAAGAUGCCUUCCUGCAGGAGGCCCAGGAGCAGCAUGCCCGUGAGCUGCGGCUCCUCCAGGAGAGACACCAGCAGCAGCUCCUGUCAGUGACGGCGGAGCUCGAGGCCAGACACCAGGCCGCGUUGGGCGAGCUGACAGCCUCCUUAGAGAGCAAGCAGGGGGCUCUGCUGGCUGCACGUGUGGCCGAAAUGCAGACAAAACACGCUGCCGACCUCAGCGCUCUGGAGACCAGACAUCUGUCCAGCCUUGAUUCUUUGGAAUCCUGUUACCUGUCUGAAUUUCAGACCAUCCGUGAGGAGCACAGGCAGGCCCUAGAGCUCUUACGAGCAGACUUUGAGGAACAGCUGCAGAAAAAGGACUCUCUUCACCAAACGAUUUUGACUCAAGAGUUGGAGAAACUGAAGCGGAAACAUGACAGGGAGCUACAGUCUGUGCGGGACCACCUGCGAACCAAAGUGAGCACAGAGCUCGCCGGAACCGUGGCUCACGAGCUGCAGGGAGUGCACCAGGGUGAAUUUGGAAGUGAAAAGAAAACUGCUUUGCAUGAAAAAGAGGAGACACUUCAGCUUCAGAGUGCACAGCCACAGCCUUUUCACCAAGAGGAGAAAGAGUCUUUGUCUCUGCAGCUUCAAAAGAAGAAUCACCAAGUCCAGCAGCUGAAAGACCAGGUUUUAUCCUUAAGUCACGAGAUACAAGAGUGCCGCUCCGAGUUGGAGGUGCUGCAGCAGAGGCGGGAGCGAGAGAACCGGGAAGGCGCAAACCUCCUCUCCAUGCUCAAGGCCGACGUCGACCUGUCCCACAGCGAAAGAGGGGCCCUCCAGGACGCCCUGCGCAGGCUGCUGGGUUUGUUUGGAGAGACGCUGAGGGCAGCCGUCACCCUGAGGAGCCGGAUCGGGGAGCGUGUGGGGCUCUGCCUGGAUGACGCGGGCGCAGGCCUGGCCCCGUCGGCAGCUCCGGCGCUGGAGGAGACGUGGUCUGAUGUGGCCCUCCCGGAGUUGGACAGAACUUUGUCUGAAUGUGCAGAGAUGUCUUCCGUGGCUGAAAUUAGCAGCCACAUGCGUGAAAGCUUUCUCAUGAGCCCAGAAAGUGUGCGGGAGUGUGAGCAGCCCAUCCGGAGGGUCUUCCAGAGCCUCAGCCUGGCCGUGGACGGCCUCAUGGAGAUGGCCCUGGACUCCAGCAGGCAGCUGGAAGAAGCACGCCAAAUUCAUUCUCGUUUUGAAAAAGAAUUUAGUUUUAAGAAUGAGGAGACAGCGCAGGUUGUCAGGAAGCACCAGGAGCUGCUAGAGUGCUUGAAGGAGGAGAGCACAGCCAAGGCAGAGCUGGCGCUGGAGCUGCACAAGACUCAGGGUACCCUUGAGGGAUUCAAGGUGGAGACAGCAGAUCUGAAGGAGGUGCUGGCCGGGAAGGAGGAUUCCGAGCACCGUCUGGUGCUGGAGCUGGAGAGCCUGAGACGGCAGCUGCAGCAGGCGGCCCAGGAGCAGGCGGCGCUGAGGGAGGAGUGCACCCGUCUGUGGAGCCAGGGGGAGGCCACAGCCACGGACGCCGAGGCCAGAGAAGCUGGCACAGCUGUCACUGCAGCACACAAGGACUCAGCUCUCCGGAAGGAAGUGGAGGAUCUGACCAAAGAACAGUCGGAGACCAGGAAGCAGGCUGAGAAGGACCGCUCAGCCCUGCUCUCCCAGAUGAAGAUUUUGGAGUCUGAGUUAGAAGAACAGAUGUCUCAGCAUCGCGGGUGUGCCAAGCAGGCGGAGGCCGUCACUGCCCUGGAACAGCAGGUGGCAUCACUGGACAAGCAUUUGCGCAACCAGCGGCAAUUCAUGGAUGAGCAGGCAGCCGAGCGGGAGCACGAGCGCGAGGAGUUCCAGCAGGAGAUUCAGAGGCUGGAGGGGCAGCUCCGCCAGGCGGCCAAGCCGCAGCCCUGGGGCCCUCGCGACAGCCAGCAGGCACCGCUGGAUGGAGAGGUUGAGUUGUUACGACAAAAGUUGAGAGAAAAGUUGGAUGAAUUUAAUGAAUUGGCUAUACAGAAGGAGUCGGCAGAUAGACAAGUGUUAAUGCAGGAAGAAGAAAUUAAACGUCUGGAGGAGAUGAACAUCAACAUCAGGAAAAAAGUGGCCCAGCUCCAGGAAGAAGUGGAAAAACAGAAAAACGUUGUGAAAGGGCUGGAACAGGAUAAAGAGGUGUUAAAGAAACAGCAGAUGAGUAGCUUGCUUCUGGCGUCCACGUUGCAGUCUACACUAGAUGCAGGCAGAUGUCCCGAGCCUCCUUCGGGUAGCCCUCCUGAGGGUCCAGAAGUACAGUUAGAGGUGACACAGAGAGCACUCCUGCGGCACGAGAGUGAGGUUUUGGACUUAAAAGAACAGCUAGAAAAGAUGAAAGGUGACUUAGAAAGUAAAAAUGAAGAAAUACUACAUCUGAACUUAAAAUUGGACAUGCAGAACAGCCAGACUGCAGUCAGCCUCAGAGAACUUGAGGAAGAGAACACGAGCUUGAAGGUCAUAUAUACCAGAAGUUCUGAGAUUGAAGAGCUGAAAGCCACUAUUGAAAAUCUGCAAGAGAACCAGAAACGAUUACAAAAGGAGAAAGCAGAGGAAAUUGAACAACUCCAUGAAGUCAUUGAGAAGCUGCAGCACGAGCUGUCCCUCAUGGGGCCUGUAGUGCACGAAGUCAGCGACAGUCAGGCUGGCAGUCUGCAGAGCGAGCUGCUCUGCUCCCAGGCCGGGGGCCCUCGUGGGCAGGCCCUACAGGGCGAGCUCGAGGCUGCGCUGGAAGCCAAGGAGGCCCUGAGCCGGCUGCUGGCUGACCAGGAGCGCAGGCACAGCCAGGCCCUGGAGGCCCUGCAGCAGCGCCUCCAGGGCGCAGAGGAGGCUGCGGAGCUACAGCUGGCUGAGCUGGAGUGCAAUGUAGCCCUCAGGGAGGCUGAGGUCGAAGACAUGGCCUCCCGGAUCCAGGAGUUCGAAGCGGCCCUGAAAGCAAAGGAAGCGAUGAUUGCCGAGAGAAAUUUAGAAAUUGACACUCUGAACCAGCGGAAGGCGGCCCACUCUGCCGAGCUGGAGGCCGUCCUGUUGGCCUUGGCCCGCAUCCGCCGCGCCCUGGAGCAGCAGCCCCUGGCAGCUGGGGUGGAGCCUCCCGAGCUGCAGUGGCUCCGAGCGCAGUGUGCCCGCCUCAGCCGCCAGCUGCAGGUGCUGCACCAGCGGUUCCUGAGGUGCCAGGUGGAGCUGGACAGGCGGCAGGCCCGCAGAGCCACAGCUCACACACGGGUGCCCGGGGCCCACCCACAGCUUCGCAUGGAUGGUGGCGCCAAGACCCAGGUCACCGGCGACGUGGAGGCCUCUCAUGAUGCUGCUUUGGAGCCGGUUGUCCCUGACCCACAGGGUGAUCUGCAGCCUGUCCUGGUGACGUUGAAGGAUGCACCUCUCUGCAAGCAAGAAGGCGUAAUGUCAGUGCUCACCGUCUGCCAGAGGCAGCUGCAGUCGGAGCUGCUCUUGGUGAAAAAUGAAAUGCGCCUGAGUCUGGAGGACGGCGGCAAGGGUAAAGAAAAAGUACUGGAAGAUUGUCAGCUGCCGAAGGUCGAUCUCGUAGCUCAGGUGAAACAACUUCAGGAAAAACUGAACCGUUUGCUGUAUUCCAUGACCUUCCAGAAUGUGGAUGCUGCCGACACCAAAUCUCCGUGGCCCAUGGCCUCAGCACACCUGUUGGAGAGCAGCUGGAGUGAUGAUUCCUGUGACGGAGAAGAGCCUGACAUAUCACCCCCCAUAGACACGUGUGAUGCCAAUACAGCCAUGGGGGGUGUAACUGAUGUUAUCAAAAAUCAGGCCAUAGACGCGUGUGAUGCCAAUACAACCACAGGGGGUGUAACUGAUGUUAUCAAAAAUUGGGAUUCCUUGAUACCAGAUGAAAUGCCAGAUUCUCCCAUUCAAGAAAAAUCAGAAUGUCAGGACAGGUCUCUUUCUUCACCGACCAGCGUACUUGGCGGCUCCCACCACCAGAGCCACACUGCAGAGGCUGGGCCCCGGAAGAGCCCGGUCGGGAUGCUGGACCUGUCUUCCUGGAGCUCCCCUGAGGUCCUCAGGAAGGACUGGACCCUGGAGCCCCGGCCCAGCCUCCCUGUGACACCCCACUCAGGAGCCCUGAGCCUGUGCAGUGCCGACACAUCCCUGGGGGACAGGGCGGACACCUCGCUGCCACAGACCCAGGGGCCGGGGCUGCUUUGUUCCCCAGGCGUGUCCACAGCAGCGCUGGCACUGCAGUGGGCCGAGUCUCCGCCGGCUGACGACCACCAUGUGCAGAGGACGGCUGUGGAGAAAGAUGUCGAAGAUUUUAUCACAACAUCCUUUGAUUCUCAAGAAACAUUAAGUUCACCUCCUCCUGGAUUAGAAGGAAAAGCUGAUAGAAGUGAGAAAAGUGACGGCUCGGGUUUUGGAGCAAGACUGAGCCCGGGGUCAGGAGGCCCUGAGGCUCGAACUGCUGGUCCUGUGACCCCUGCUCCCAUCUCUGGAAGGUUUCAGCCACUGCCGGAAGCCAUGAAGGAGAAGGAAGUGCAUCCGAAGCACGUGAAGGCUUUACUGCAGAUGGUGCGUGACGAGAGCCACCAGAUCCUGGCGCUGUCAGAAGGCCUUGCACCCCCGAGCGGCGAGCCACACCCACCCCGGAAGGAAGACGAGAUACAGGACAGCUCGCUCCAUGGGGGAAAGACGCAGGAAGUGCCCACCGCGUGCCCCGAUUGGAGAGGGGACCUUCUGCAGGUUGUGCAAGAGGCCUUUGAAAAAGAGCAGGAGAUGCAGGGGGUUGAGCUGCAGCCCCGACUCAGUGGCUCAGAUCUGGGGGGUCACAGCUCCCUGCUCGAAAGGCUGGAGAAGAUCAUUCGUGAGCAGGGAGACCUGCAGGAAAAGUCCCUGGAGCAUCUUCGCUUGCCGGACCGGAGCAGCCUGCUGUCCGAGAUCCAGGCUCUGCGUGCCCAGCUGCGCAUGACGCACCUGCAGAACCAGGAGAAGCUGCAGCACUUGCGCACGGCGCUGACAAGCGCAGAGGCGCGUGGGAGCCAGCAGGAGCACCAGCUGCGCAGGCAGGUUGAACUGCUGGCUUAUAAAGUAGAGCAGGAGAAGUGCAUUGCUGGUGACUUGCAGAAGACGCUGAGUGAAGAGCAAGAGAAAGCAAACGGCGUGCAGAAGCUCCUGGCGGCGGAGCAGACUGUGGUGCGAGAUUUGAAGUCCGACCUCUGUGAGAGCAGGCAGAAGAACGAACAGCUGUCCCGGUCCCUCUGCGAGGUGCAGCAGGAGGCCCUCCAGCUGAGAUCCAUGCUGAGCGGUAAGGAGAACGAGCUGAAGGCCGCGCUUCAGGAGCUGGAGAGUGAGCAGGGGAAGGGGCGUGCCCUGCAGAGCCAGCUGGAGGAGGAGCAGCUGCGGCACCUGCAGAGGGAGGGCCAGAGUGCCAAGGCCCUGGAGGAGCUGCGGGCGUCUUUGGAGACACAGCGUGCUCAGAGCAGUCGACUCUGCGUGGCACUGAAACACGAGCAGACGGCCAAGGACAACCUGCAGAAGGAGCUGCGCAUCGAGCACUCACGCUGCGAGGCCUUGCUGGCUCAGGAGCGGAGCCAGCUCUCUGAGCUCCAGAAGGACCUUGCGGCUGAGAAGAGCCGCACCCUGGAGCUGUCAGAGGCCUUGAGGCAUGAGCGGCUCCUGACCGAGCAGCUGAGCCAGAGGACACAGGAGGCUUGCAUGCACCAGGACACACAGGCCCAUCACGCUCUGCUGCGGAAGCUGAAGGAGGAGAAGUCCCGGGUGGUGGACUUGCAAGCGAUGCUUGAAAAGGUGCAGCAGCAAGCCCUGCAUUCUCAGCAGCAGCUUGAGGCUGAGGCUCAGAAGCACUGUGAGGCGCUCAAGAGAGAGAAGGAGGUAAGUGCCACACUGAAGUCGACGGUGGAAGCCCUGCACACCCAAAAACGGGAGCUGAGAUGCUCUCUGGAGAGAGAGAGGGAGAAACCAGCGUGGUUGCAGGCAGAAUUAGAGCAGUCACACCCACGGUUGAAAGAGCAAGAAGGACGCAAGGCUGCGAGGAGGAGCGUGGAGGCCAGGCAGAGCCCAGCGGCUGCGGAGCAGUGGAGGAAGUGGCAGAGAGACAAGGAGAAGCUGCGAGAAUUAGAACUGCAGCGUCAGCGUGACUUGCAUAAGAUCAAGCAGCUUCAGCAGACAGUGAGAGACCUGGAGUCGAAGGACGAGGUGCCUGGCAGCCGCCUCCACCUGGGUUCUGCCCGCAGGGCUGCUGGCUCGGAUGCGGACCACCUCCGGGAACAGCAGCGAGAGCUGGAGGCGAUGAGGCAGCGGCUGCUCUCUGCCGCCCGGCUUCUCACUAGCUUCACCAGCCAGGCCGUGGACAGGACAGUUAAUGAUUGGACGUCAUCCAAUGAGAAAGCAGUGAUGUCUUUACUGCACACGUUGGAGGAGCUGAAGUCUGACUUGAGCAGGCCCACCUCCUCCCAGAAAAAAAUGGCAGCAGAGCUGCAGUUCCAGUUUGUAGACAUCCUGCUGAAAGACAAUGUUUCCCUCACAAAAGCCCUCAGCACGGUGACCCAGGAGAAGCUGGAGCUGAGCAGAGCCGUGUCUAAGCUUGAGAAGAUGCUGAAGCACCAUCUGCAGAAGGGCCGCAGCCCAAGCAGGUCGGAAAGGUCUGCUUGGAAGCCAGACGAAACGGCUCCACAGAGUUCCCUGAGGCGCCCAGACCCCGGCCGGCUUCCACCAGCUGCCAGCGAGGAAGCACACACCAGUAAUGUCAAGAUGGAAAAAUUGUACCUGCAUUACUUGAGAGCAGAGAGCUUUAGAAAAGCUCUGAUUUAUCAAAAGAAGUAUCUUUUGCUGUUGAUUGGUGGAUUCCAGGAUUCUGAACAAGAAACACUCUCCAUGAUUGCCCAUUUGGGGGUAUUUCCUUCCAAAGCAGAACGGAAAAUCACAUCUCGUCCUUUCACCAGGUUCCGCACGGCCGUCAGGGUGGUCAUUGCAAUAUUAAGAUUACGUUUUUUGGUUAAGAAAUGGCAAGAAGUAGAUCGGAAAGGAGCUCUGGCACAAGGCAAAGCCCCUCGCACAGGGCCCCGAGCACGACGGCCGCAGUCUCCACCCAGAACCAGAGAGUCCCCCCCAACCCGGGAUGUACCCUCUGGCCACACCAGGGACCCCGCCAGAGGCCGCAGACUGGCAGCAGCAGCCUCCCCACACAGUGGGGGAAGAGCCACUCCAUCCCCAAAUUCAAGAUUAGAAAGAUCCCUGACUGCUUCUCAAGAUCCAGAACAUUCCUUGACAGAGUAUAUUCACCAUUUAGAAGUGAUCCAGCAAAGAUUGGGAGGGGUACUACCAGAUUCUACUUCAAAGAAAUCCUGCCACCAGAUGAUUAAACAGUGAAUAAAAUGUCAUGGCUCUUUCCUGCGACAAUUCUAUUUGAGGAAAAGAUUUGUUUUUCCCUUUUCCCAAGGAAGCUCGUGGGACAGCAUGGGCACUACUCUUCAUGUGCGGUGACACCAGCCCCCAGAUGCCUUGAAUUAAGUGUCCUCACCUUUAUGCAUGACUGCAAAGCCAGAUGGAGCAUUUUCUAUGGAGCCUCCGUAUGUUUUAGGCCCAUGACCUUCGUGAGGUGACGGGCACUCACUCCCAUGAGCCCUGGCUGUGUGCUGUUGUGUGCCUAUCGGCAGAUCCAUCCUUCCUGCCUCCAAGGAGGAUACACAGAGAAUGGCUUCCUGUUGUUUUGUUUAUUUUCUUAACGUGUACAGAUGGAAACUUCAUUUAAAAAUAAAAACAAAACAACUCAAAAAGGAAUAAAAUUUAAUCACUGUUUUGUUUGUGAA